AUGGCUUCUAUGAUCCCGCUCUUCGAGUUGCCUUUGAUGUCUAGUAAGUGGCUGAUGUUAAAGUAAAGAUUAAUAUAGUUACACUUAGUUGUAUCGUAUUUUAGCGUUAUCCUUAUGAACUUUAUCUUGAGAUUAUAUUGCUGUAGAGUCUUUUAAAGUCCAUUUAUAACAUUUAUUACAAAACUAAUAGUAAAAAUGUACUAGUAAAGCUGUUUUAAUAAAGUUUGAUUACUUUAAAGCUUAAAAUGAAUAAUAAUGUUGUACUUUAGGUGACUCACUGAUAGCCGAGACAAAAGUGAUAAGCCUAGGACCAGGAGACGAUGCAAGGAUACGAUGUAACAUACAGGACAGCGGAUUCGAUCCCCAAACAUUAUUCUUGAGUAUGAACAAUCACAACAUGACGGGUACACACAGAGGCCAUAGGUAAAGACUGAUAGUAUUUUUUACUGUAUAUUAUAAAUCUUACUGUAUUUUGUAUAUAUGUGUCUACUGAGCAAGCAUAUCUACUGAGCAAGCAUACCUACUGAAUUAUGGAUCUAGUAACAUACUAAGGUUAUUAUUUUUUAGCAUACUGUAUGACAUUACCGCCUACGACCCAUCGAAAGGAGAGAUGGUGUUUGACUGCGCAGCCAGAAGACGGAAUCAGAAGUUCCAAGUACGAUCUCUAAAGGUCGUUCCGAAGACAUAUCAUUCUUGUAAGUACCGCCAAUGUACUUCAAACAAAUGUGGAGAACGAGGACUGUGCUUGGAGGAGUUGAGAACUGGGAUUGAGCAUUGUUUGUAAGUCAAUACGAAACUUUUAACGGCAAAAAUACGAUUUUUAGACAAUAAUAUAAGAUAAUAUACUGUAUAAACUUUGGGACUUUAUUUGUAAAGCUAGUCUAAGAACAUCUAUAAGCACGAUUUUUAUGUAUUUUCAGUUGUUCUGGCAAUGAAUGUAAAGUACAAGAGCAAUAUUACGUAUCGCCUUGGAUAUGGGGAGCUGGUCUGAUCAGUUUGUCAAUGAUCUCGAUUAUCCUUGGCAUUUUGUUAUGUUUGACAAGGUAAAGUUUGGAAAGUUUUCAAAAUUCAAAUUUUAAAUUUUAUUUUAUAUUGACCGGAGAUAACUUUAGAUUUGUACUUAUUGCUUCAACUGUUUCAGUAAAUUGAAGAAUAAUACAGUUAGAUUGUUUAAAUAGUUCUGUGCCCUGUUGUAAAGAUAUUUUUCAAGGUUAGAAAGCACAGAAUUAUUUGAACAACCUAACCUUAUCAAUAUUAUACAUCUUUUAAGUUAAGUUAUUUCUAGACGAGCAGAAAAACGAGAAUCAGAAGACGAUCAUUUCGUGCAAGCUGAAGCCAAAUUGGAGUUGAAAGAUCAUUCAGAACAUGAUGUAAGUCUCUCUAAAGUUUUAUUGCUUUUUUGCAUUUUAUUAUCUUAAAUACGUCAUAAAGUGUAGUUGCCUACAAACUACAUGUUUUUACUAUACAAUUGAUGUCUAUACUUUGUAUUCUUAUAGUAAAUAGACAGAUUUUAACUAAAACAACAUUGUACUAACCUUCGUAUGAAAGUAGUGCAAUCAGCUCACUAAAACAUAUAAGACAUAUUCCAAAGAACAGUCCAGUUUAACACAUAUAAGUUCAGGUAGACUUGGACGUGCUGUACGAUCAGGCCGACAACUUGAUUCAGAAACCGCCUGACCCCAACGACUACGAUAACUUGAGGUACGAUCGUGGCACAAGUACACAAACAUGA